CAUUACCCAUCCCUAACCAAGGAACAGCUGAUUAUUGAAAAAACAUGCCGAUCUCCUGAGCAUGAUGAAAAAUUUAGAAUUAACAUUAGCAAUUAUAAAGCCUCAUCUCGUAAAAAAUCCAGUUGCUCUCAAUGCCGUGCGGAAGAAAAUUUUGGAUGCCAACUUCAAGGUUGUGAAAUCAAAACGUCGUAAACUUACCUUAGAUAAUGCUGAAAUUUUCUAUCAGGAACACGCUAAUAAGUUUUUCUAUAACAGGCUUGUAACUUCAAUGACGAGUGGACCGUCUGAAACUUAUGUUUUAGCUAGAGAAAAUGCUAUUCAGCAUUGGAGACAGUUAAUGGGGCCUACUAAGGUGUAUAAAGCUCAGUUUGAUCAGCCAUAUAGCAUAAGAGGGCAAUUUGGCUUAUCAGAUACCAGAAAUGCAGCCCACGGUGCUGCUUGUCAUUACAGAUUCCCCAAAAUCGGUGGAAAGAGAAAUUGGCAUACUCUUUCCUGAAUUCAAUAUUGAUAUGUGGUUCAAUAAUGACAGGAAAUAUUAUGAGAAUGAUGAUCUAGUCUUUGAUGACGAAAAUUUUGUUCACCGAGUAAUUCACUAAUUGGUAAUUUUUCUACCAGGUAUACUGACCUUAAACUGUCAGAUAAUAAAAAUUCAAUUUCUGCAA